AUGAUUCGAUUGGCGCCCAUUUUCGCACUAAUCCUGCUCGCACGAGGCGAUGGAAAUCAGAAGCCAAAAGGUCCCAUUCUCACCACCUCGACCACAACAGAGCUACCCACAACCACCACCACGAUUCCUACCACAACACUCCGCCCAUUUUAUUCCGAAGCCGACUGGGGAAUGCACAUGGUACUGCUCGGCGGAGGUGCAUUCGUUGUUUUCGUGUUGGCUUGCAGCUACAUUGGCUACGUGGUUAACAACGUUCUGGACCGGAGACGAGUCGGAGAAGGAGGACCGAAUCCAGCCGUUGGAAAUGGCAGAAUUCACGAGAAUAUUCUACUGGACGAUAUGGAUGAGGACCAUGAGGAAUAG